AUGACGACUAUUCCGCAGGUUGUGUUGUCUUGUCUCGAAAAUGUAAUCGUGUCGGAACGUGGUGAGACCACUUAUCAUUGCGGCAAUGCCGAGUAUCUCUUCUCCAUUGCACAUAGCGAUACUAUUACGUUCGGAGCGUUUCUCAACCGUCUGUCAGCUACACUUCAGGUGCCUAUCGGACUUCUGUCAGCGGCACCUAAUGAGAGCUUUGGAGCGUUCGUUGUGCACGUCGAAGGACUUAUCACCGAGAGGACGAAUGGCGAGAGAACGCCACUGCGUCAGACACCGACACAGGCAGAAUCUUCGCCCUCCCAAGAUGUGCGAGCCGACGUGGCCAUUGUCGGCGUUGCCUGCCGGCUACCCGGACAUGCCAACACGCCUGGCGAUUUCUGGGCUGUCCUGGCAGAGGGGAAAGACGCUAUUGUUCCAAUACCCUCGGAGCGAUGGAGCCGCGAGGAUUUCAUUGACGGGCACAGUGAACGCGGGACCAUGUAUGUCGAGGAGGGCGGCUUCAUUUCUGGCAUCGAGGAGUUUGACAAUGGCUUUUUCCGGAUUUCCUCAUCCGAGGCAAGAAGGAUGGACCCACAGCAACGAAUGCUUCUAGAACUGUCACACGAAGCGCUGCAGUUUGUUGAUCGAGAUUCUUACAAGAAUAACCCCCACAGAAUCGGCGUGUUUGUUGGAUGCUCUUCAUCGGAAUGGACGAUCCUGAAGACGAAACAGAUGGAGAGGCUCUGCGCAUUCCAAACUGCGAACACGCCGCAAGCUUUGCUCGCAAAUAGGUUAUCGUACGCUUUUAAUGCUUGUGGCCCGUCUCUUACAGUAGAUUCGGCAAGCUCCUCGGCCCUGGUGGCCGUCUCGGUCGCCGCAUCUCACAUAGAAACCGGUCAGUGCGAUGCCUGCCUUGUGGGUUCUUCCAGUCUGAUGCUGGUACCGGAGCCGACAUUGGCAUUGUGUGCAGCUGGGAUGCUUGCUAUAGAUUCACGUUGUAGACCGUUUGACGCAGCUGCGAAUGGAUAUGGCCGUGGAGAAGGUGCUGUCGUAUUUCUCUUGGAGCGAUGGGACUACCAGCCACAUGGGAGGCCUCGACAGAAGUCCCUUGCUACUAUCCGGGGGCACAGAACGAAUCAUAACGGGCACAUUGUAUCCGUGACCGCUCCUAGUGACGUAGCACAGCGUAAACUGCUGCAGGGUGUACUAGAGGAAGCCAAAGUCGAACCAGGACAGAUAGCCUACCUUGAGGCUCACGGAACGGGAACAAAACUGGGAGACACGAUCGAGUUUCGAGCGAUUAAGUCGGUGUUUGCGUCCUCCAGGACUGCAGAGAAUCCUUUGCUAGUAGGCUCAGGGAAAUCCAAUGUCGGCCACCUAGAAGGAUGCGCUGGCGCGGUGGGAUUGCUUAAGGCUCUCUUGGUGCUGUAUUUCCGGGUAGUGCCACCCACACUUCACUUCAAACAAAUCAAUCCCUUGAUUGACGACGAAGACUUCUGUUAUCAGAUCACGACUACAAAAGUGCCUUUGGAUGGGGAUCAAUCUAUUCUCGCCGCCGUGAGUUCCUUCGGCUUGGGCGGCUGCAAUGCGCAUAUGAUCAUCGAAUCAAGCCCAAAAGAUAGAGCAAUUGACGCUCACGCUCUUUCUCGACGUCACGCGUGGGAGCAUGUGAGGUUCCCAGUGUUCGAGUCCAAUGAAAAUAAUAAUGCCUUUGGGGGUUUGGGAUUGCGACAUAGCGCAGAACCUGCCAGCGGCAUCCGCCAGUGCCGUCGCCGGUGCAGUGCAUCGUCGUUUUUCGACCAGCAACACUUGACUCCGGUGUCUACUCGGCUCCGUCGAUUCACAGCGUUCUCCUCUGACUGUGGAACUCCACUGCACGGGGUGCAACAGUUGGGAACUAAAGACGACUACUCACUUGAAACGGACUUGCACGAGGGCCGGAAACCCGCGCAGGCCGUUUCGCUGGACGAGGGAAAUGCACACGAAGAAGCGCCCUCGUUCCACCACAUGCCCCCCUCUCAAGACGAAAACGAGGAGCGUGUGACGAGUGACACGCCUAACCAGGAAACAGAGCGUGACAUGCUCUCAUGCGAUAGAGAUGAUGAUGUAGACGAGGACUUGGUCCGGAGCAUGGUAUUAGAGACAGCUCGGCAAGUUCUGAAGGAAUCUAAACCUAUCCAAUCAAAUAUUUCGCUCAAAGCGCUUGGUCUGGAUUCGCUGGCAUCCGUGGAAUUCCGCGACGCUCUGCAAGAGAGCCUGGGUAUCACCCUACCUGCGUCACUCGCCUUCGAUUUCCCUACUGUUGACGAGGUAUGCUCCUUCUUGGUACGAAAAAUCAACAGCGAGGGAAUCAACGAGCCUCCCCUCACCACAGCUAUUGUGGCCAUUGAUGGUUACUGCGCAGGUCACACGCCAAGCGUAGCCGUAAAGGGAAUGGCCUGUCGAUUUCCGGGGGCAGAAAAUGGGCAAACGAACCAUUUCUGGAAGACGCUCUUGAGCUAUGCUGAUUGCAUAGACGAAAUCCCCGCGAGCCGCUUCGAUAUAUCUCCGAUUUUUGAUGCAGACUUCGACGCUAGAGGUAUGAUCUACGUCCGUGAAGCGGGAAUUCUGCGUAGCGCCGAGAUGUUUGACAACACAUUCUUUGAAAUAAGCGACACGGAGGUCUGGCAUCUUGACCCGAGGCAACGUAUCCUUCUGGAAGUUGCGUAUGAUGCGUUGAUGGAUUCGCGGAUUCUUGGAGUCACAGGCAUACCCUCACUACGUACCAAGGCUGUUGGUGUUGUGGUCGGAUGCAGCGGAAACGACUGGAAUACAUUGCUGCAGCAUCAAAUGCUGCCAUCUUCAAGCUAUUCUGGCCCCGGGACUUCACCGGCAUUGCUGUCCAAUAGGGUUUCUUACACCCUGGGGCUUCAGGGACCGAGCAUCACCAUAGACACAGCAUGCUCGUCUUCUUUAGUUGCAAUGGAUAUUGCACGGCAGCUACUUAUUAGCUCGCAAUGUGGAAUAGCCAUAGUCGGUGGAGUACAACUCCUUUUGACAGCUGAAACAUUCAUUCACUACUGCAGCGCUAGAAUGCUUAGCCCCGAUUGCCGCUGUAAGACAUUUGAUGCUGGAGCCAACGGCUACGUGAGAGCGGAGGGGUGUGGCGUGGUUGUCUUGGAAAAGACAGGAGAGAAGCGGACACUUAACGGCCACACCUAUGGCUGGCUCUCAGGCACAGCGAAUAACCACGUCGGCCGCAGUGCAAGUUUGACAGCGCCAAAUGGACCUGCUCAACAGGCAGUGAUACUUGCUUCGCUACGAUCGACACAGAUAUCCACCCCAGCAUCGAUACACAUGGUCGAAACCCACGGGACAGGCACUGCUCUCGGAGACCCCAUAGAAGUCGGGGCACUCCAGGCGGUGUAUGGGCAAGGGACAAGCGCAGACGCUCCCCUCGUUCUCGGUGCCCUCAAGUCGCGCAUAGGCCACACCGAAGGGGCAGCAGGCAUCGCUGGGUUCAUCAAACUCAUCUGUUCGCUCAGAUACAGGGUCGCUCCCCCGAAUCUGCACCUCAAGCAAUUCAACCCUCAUAUCGACAUUUCGACAACCGACGCCGCCAGACCGUUCCUGUUUCCUACCAAACCGUACCGCCUGGACACCCUCAUGGGUGGACAGAAAGGCACCUCACUUUUUGGAGCAGUCAGCUCCUUCGGGUUCGGAGGCUCGAAUGCGCAUGCAAUUGUAGAGGUUCCGACACUGGAAGACGUACUCAGUGACGAAGCACAGCAUUCGGGGCUCGGCGGUGCGGAGAACGCACACGAGCCCCAGCCCAUGGUAUGGCUGUUCACAGGGCAGGGCUCUCAGUACGUGGACAUGGCCAAGUCACUGUACGAAACGGAGGAGGUGUUCAGGCGGACGGUGACGGAGUGCUCGGCAUACUUGGCUGCUGAGAAUUUGAUGCCGGAAGGAGGUCCGUCGAGCCUGGAGGAAGUCAUCUACCCGAAGGCUGGAAGCAGCGUAGCAGCCGAGGAGUUGUUGACGCUAACGCAGUACUCGCAAGUCGCGAUCUUUGUCGUCGAGUUGGCCAUCACCCGGGUGCUGACUGAGCGUGGACUUCGGCCAGCUGUCGUGCUGGGCCACAGCCUUGGAGAAUAUGCUGCUGCAGUAGCAGCAGGAGUCUUUGCGUGGAGGGAUGCUCUCCGCAUCGUGUCUGCUCGCGCCCGCAUCAUGUCCCAACAGCCUCCACAGGACGGCGUGAUGGCGGCUUGUCGGCUCUCGGCCGCACAGGUGCAGGCAGCAUUGACCUCGGAACUGAAGGCCUUGAGGUCUGUCGCUGUCGCCGCGGAUAACGGUCCGCAGAGCAUUGUCGUGUCUGGAUCCAGGUCGGAGGUGGAGGAGGUCCUCUCAUUCUUCAGUGUGUCAGGGAAGGCCCGCUUCCUCAAGGUCUCUCACGCGUUCCAUUCCCCUCUCAUGGCUGGCGCUGUGGAGGCUGUCCGUGAGCUGUUUGACGGGGUUGAGUUGUCGCGGCCAUCGAUUCCGUUUUCUUCGACUGUGCUUGGCCGCGUGGUAGUCGACGAUGAACUCGGGGAUUCCAGCUACUGGGCGGAGCAGAUUGUCCGUCCAGUGAUGCUGUACGAAGCGGUGCGCAGUAUUGAUCGUCUGCAGAAUGGCGCGCGUUUGCAUUUUGUUGAGGUUGGACCACGCCCUGUCUUGUUGAGUCUUGCACGAUCCUGUUUCGAGUUGGCUCGUGCAGCAGAGCAGUGCUGGUCGUAUUGUGUCAACGACAGCUCGUCGCGAGAGGGAACUAAUCGGCUUUUUCAGGCUAUCACCAGCGGCUCGCAGGAGAAUGCGCCGGCGACUCGACACGUGUGGAACCACAAGUAUUUUCCCUGGACUACGGGGCAUCCGCUGCUGGGAAAGCAACGAAGAGGCGACACCGAGACACAUGGGACCCGCUUUUUCUAUACAUCUGUGCCUCUGGGUCUCGCUGAAGUGUUCCAUGAAUACGCGGGCGGCAGUGUACCCACUCUGCCGGCGGCUGCCAUCCUCGACGCGAUGGUCGUUGCAGCUAGACUGGUAACGUUGGGCGAUUCGCAGAAUGAUGGUUCCUCAGGAUGUCCCAUCCAGUUAAAGAAUUUCCGCGCGCACAGAGAUAUGAUCCUGCCACCUCGCGCGGCGAGGGACACACAGAGGGCUUUGACGCUGUGCUUCCGAAUAAAAUCGGAUCUUGGUCGCCAGAAGAUUUCGUGCUUCGGGAAUUAUGGCAACUGUUUCGUCUAUGGUGACGGCCAAGAAGACUGGCUACCAAUAGCAGAUGCUGAGAUAACACGAGUUCCAUUUGUGCGAAAUGAAAGUUCCAUCCCUUUCAAUGACCUACAACACCGAUUUUUGCAUUCGCAAGACGUGGACCGCACGGUGAGCAUGCGCAGAGAGCACCACGGAACAAAACAAGACUCUCCAUCGAGAGGCAUGACAAUACGAGCAGUGUACGGAAGAGGCGACGAGGUGCUCGCCCAUCUGUCACGACCCAGGAUUGCAGCGGAGGACGGAUUCAUUCUCAGCCCCGCCAUACUCGGUGAGCUGUUCCGGAUAACAGAAGCCCUGGUGAAAGCCCAAGCUCCAUUCCAACAAGACAAUGUUUUUUCUGUGUCUGGAGCCGAAACAGUCACAAGCCUUCUUAUCUCGCGUCAAAUGUGUGAUAGCAUCUGGGGCCACGUCCGUAUUCUGCCGUUAGCCCCUGGUGACGUGCAGAGACGGGUCGCGGAUGUGACGAUGUAUAAUGAAGCAGGCCAGCCGACUAUGCAGCUGCUGGCCGUGCGCCUGCGCGCUACGGGGCACGCGGAGUUUAGACGAGAGAUCGACAGACAACAGAAUUUCAUUCGUUCCUCUGGGCAGCAACGUAGGAAUUUAGAGCAGCGUCACUGCCAGCGCGACUGGAUACCUUCCCGAAAGACCUUCAGCCCCACACAACUCGUGGGUCUUAUCAGGCAAGCCUGUCAGCGCGUCAUUGGUGCGAAUCGGGAGAUGGAUGUCCACACUUCGUUUCAACAGCUUGGGGUCGAUUCUCUCGGUGCGAUUGCACUUCGCGAUGCUCUUGAGGACGCGCUUCACCUGAAACUCCCUGCCACAACAUUCUUCGACUACCCGAAUAUGCACGCGCUAAGCGAUUUCAUCGCGACGCAGGUAGGAGGCAUUGCCGAGGAAACUGGUAUUUCCAGCGUUUGUUCCCCCCUCCGAUUCGAACGGCCGGACGGAGCGGUGGCGGUCGUUGGUGUAGCAUGUCGACUUCCUGGCUCGUCAAACAAUCCGGCUGAUUUCUGGGAAAUGCUGAUGAGCUCCGCCGACUGCAUAUCGGAAGUUCCUCCUACAAGAUUCGACGUUGAGCAGUUCUUUGAUAUUGACCAGAGAGGGAAAGGGAAAAUGUAUGUACGGGAAGGGGGCUUUAUUGACAGAGUGACAUUGUUUGAUAAUCACUUCUUCGGAAUCUCUGCCGCAGAAGCUCAAGAGAUGGAUCCAAGGCAACGAAUAUGCAUGGAGGUUGCUACGGAGACCCUUCGGGAUGCACGCAUGGACCACACGAUUGUCGGAAGCAAUACACUCGUCGCUGUCGGCAAAACAAACACUGAUUCUGUGAGAGUGAGCUACCGUCACCUGUCACCUUUCAGCUGCAGCGGCGCGAACAACUCUAUCCUUUCUAAUAGAAUUUCAUAUUUCUUCGGUACAAAAGGACCGAGUAUGACAAUAGAUGCGGCGUGCGCUUCCUCUCUUAUCGCGAUCGUGGCAGGUUUCAAUGAGCUCCGUAGGGGAGGAUGCACCACCGCACUCGCUAUAGGAGUGAAUUUGCUGUUGUCUCCCGAAUGUUACAUUGAAAUUUGCAAGGCAACCAUGCUCAGUCCAGACUGCCGCUGCAAAACGUUUGACGCCUCAGCCAACGGAUAUGUCCGCAGCGAGGGAUGCUGUGGAAUUUUGUUGAAGGCAAUAGAACCCGCAACAGCAGUAGAGGCAUCUGGAGUCUACGCAUGGCUGCGCGGCGCUACAACUAACCAUGUGGGGAGAAGCGCAAGCUUGACAGCGCCGAGUGGACCUGCCCAGCAAGCACUCAUGCGCGAUGCCAUACGAACCUCCCGCCUGCAAAACACAGAAAACAUUUUUGCUAUCGAAACCCACGGGACAGGCACUGCUCUCGGAGACCCCAUAGAAGUCGGGGCACUCCAGGCGGUGUAUGGGCAAGGGACAAGCGCAGACGCUCCCCUCGUUCUCGGUGCCCUCAAGUCGCGCAUAGGCCACACCGAAGGGGCAGCAGGCAUCGCUGGGUUCAUCAAACUCAUCUGUUCGCUCAGAUACAGGGUCGCUCCCCCGAAUCUGCACCUCAAGCAAUUCAACCCUCAUAUCGACAUUUCGACAACCGACGCCGCCAGACCGUUCCUGUUUCCUACCAAACCGUACCGCCUGGACACCCUCAUGGGUGGACAGAAAGGCACCUCACUUUUUGGAGCAGUCAGCUCCUUCGGGUUCGGAGGCUCGAAUGCGCAUGCAAUUGUAGAGGUUCCGACACUGGAAGACGUACUCAGUGACGAAGCACAGCAUUCGGGGCUCGGCGGUGCGGAGAACGCACACGAGCCCCAGCCCAUGGUAUGGCUGUUCACAGGGCAGGGCUCUCAGUACGUGGACAUGGCCAAGUCACUGUACGAAACGGAGGAGGUGUUCAGGCGGACGGUGACGGAGUGCUCGGCAUACUUGGCUGCUGAGAAUUUGAUGCCGGAAGGAGGUCCGUCGAGCCUGGAGGAAGUCAUCUACCCGAAGGCUGGAAGCAGCGUAGCAGCCGAGGAGUUGUUGACGCUAACGCAGUACUCGCAAGUCGCGAUCUUUGUCGUCGAGUUGGCCAUCACCCGGGUGCUGACUGAGCGUGGACUUCGGCCAGCUGUCGUGCUGGGCCACAGCCUUGGAGAAUAUGCUGCUGCAGUAGCAGCAGGAGUCUUUGCGUGGAGGGAUGCUCUCCGCAUCGUGUCUGCUCGCGCCCGCAUCAUGUCCCAACAGCCUCCACAGGACGGCGUGAUGGCGGCUUGUCGGCUCUCGGCCGCACAGGUGCAGGCAGCAUUGACCUCGGAACUGAAGGCCUUGAGGUCUGUCGCUGUCGCCGCGGAUAACGGUCCGCAGAGCAUUGUCGUGUCUGGAUCCAGGUCGGAGGUGGAGGAGGUCCUCUCAUUCUUCAGUGUGUCAGGGAAGGCCCGCUUCCUCAAGGUCUCUCACGCGUUCCAUUCCCCUCUCAUGGCUGGCGCUGUGGAGGCUGUCCGUGAGCUGUUUGACGGGGUUGAGUUGUCGCGGCCAUCGAUUCCGUUUUCUUCGACUGUGCUUGGCCGCGUGGUAGUCGACGAUGAACUCGGGGAUUCCAGCUACUGGGCAGAGCAAAUCACGCAGCCUGUGCGGUUCCGAGAGGCGGUGGAAGCUGCUGUUGCCCUGGAGCUGGGCAGAUCUCGAGCUUUUGUAGAAGUCGGUCCCAACAGAGUGCUUGCGGUUCUAGGCCGGAACUGCGUUUCUGAAACCCGCGCCACAGACGGCGACUGGCUGAGCAUUGUCGAUUCGAAAUCUGACUCAAGUCCGGCGGAUGUCAUAGCGCUGCUGCAGGAGCGGUUCGGGCAGCUCCAAACGCAUGUCGCAAAGGCAAGGCACAUGUGGAACCACAGCGCCUUCCCGUGGACAGUCCCGAGACACCCGCUAAUAGGGGGGGAGGCGUCGGCUCAUUCAGAGAGGCAGGGCGCGACUACAUAUCGCAGCAGAGUACGCUACGACGUCCUCAAUGCGCUGUGCGACCAUGUAAUCCUCGGCGCGCCGCUGAUGCCCGGCGCCGCUUUCAUUGACGCAAUCCUCGCUGCUGGACGAUUGGCGGCUACCAAAAGCGGCACACGCUUGACUUCGCCAUCAAUCGUGACGCUUACGGACGUCAGCAUUUUCAGCCCGCUUUUGCUGCGCGAUUCGGUGUCUCGUGCGGCGCCAUUGUCGAAGGAGGGAUUCCAACUGAGCUCGUUGGAGCUUUCAGUGGAGAUGAGUUCAAGUGGUGGAGGUCACCUAGUGGAAGUGCGAAGCAGACAGGCGGACGACGUGCCUGCUGCUGCCAACGACGAUUCCACGCAGGCCCACUGCCGGGGGCAACUGGCGGUAUCCUCCGGGGGUAUUCGACCCAGUGAACAGGCUGGCAGCACACUCGCCGAUGUGAGACGCCGCUUUUCGUCUCAAGUCGCAUGUGACGUGGAGGCAUUGUACCAGACAUUCGCAGAUCUAGGCUGGCAGUAUGGAGUGUUGUUCCGAGUUAUCACACAACUCUAUAGGACUGACACUGAGGCGCUUGCGGAACUGCGUCUCCCGCGUCCGUUGUUGCCUUCCGAGGAGGGUUUCGUAGUUCACCCCGCUAUCCUGGAUGGCUUAUUUCAAGCGGCAGGUUCUCUGCUUCUGGCGGACGAUAAAACACCAGCUGGGUCUGUCUACGUUCCAGUUGGCAUAGACAACGUGGUGCUGGCUCCGAAGGCUUUGAGACGAGAUGUGGUUUGGGGUAGGGUGGCUGUUGCUGAAAAAGAUAGAGAGGCUCGGCAGAGGCACGAGCGAGUGCUAGAUUGUACGCUCUAUGAUGGCAAUGGCGAAGCUGUUCUGUACCUUAACGGACUACGGUCGAGGCUCCUACGCACGGAAGUUCUCCUUUCAGCGCAAACGAACGGCAUCUCCUCAAACAGACUGUGGAGUCUUGAGUGGACGGCCAUCGAGGCACCCGCACACUUGCCACCUAUCAGCGGAGGCAAAGCCGAAACGGCGUGGCUCGUGGCUGGAGUUCAGCCGCCCCUGAAAUCAAUGGUAGAGGAGCUUCUGUGCAGAGCUUUGCCGGCUGCCAAGAUAAUAUUUUGCAAAUCCCUCUCUCAGAUGUCUACUAUGGAAGCCCGGAACACACUUCAGCAGGAGACGUGGGACACCAUCAUUCACCUCGGAGGGACGACAAGCAGCACUUCAGAGAUGGAAUGUCUCAAUGACGUUCUGGCGCUAGUCCAAGGCCUCACGGAUUGGGUAGGCAGCGACAGCGGCCCAGCGAAACUGCCUUCGAUCUUCCUCGUCACACGGGGAGCUGACAGCCACGUGGCAGCGUCGCCUUCAGUUCCAGUCGCCCGCCCGCCUGUUCACACUGGGGUGCGCGGCCUGUUCCGCACUGCAAAAGUUGAAUUGGAGGCACUAUGGAAUCGCUUCGUGCCUUUUCACUACAUCGAUGUCGAGCCGGUCUCAGAGGCUCCGGAUAUCACACCGGACGAGCUGCGUCGCCUCAUCCCAGUUGUCCAACAACUGGGCACGGAAUCCCAGGCGAUCGAAAGCAAGCUCGGCGAAGGACUAUCCGGUGCGUCACUGUACGAAAGUGAAACAAUAUUAAGAGGCAGUGAACGGCUUCUACCACGUUUGGUACCGUUCAGGCCUGUUGAGAGCGGCGACAACAACGCUUUAGCAGAGGCUCUGUUAGGAACAAUAGUUAUCACAGGCGGUUUGGGUGGUAUUGGCCUCGUUGUGGCUAAAUGGCUAGCAGAUCGGGGGGCGAAGGCAAUUGUCUUAGUCUCACGGACAGGAAGCCCAAGUGCGGAUGUCCAGCAAAGUGAGGAAUGGCAAUCAUUCCAGGCCCGACAGGGCGCUGCACGCAUUGCCACGGCCCGAUGUGAUGUGGGGGACCUGGAACAGGUGAAGCUGCUUUUCCGCAGUUUGCGAGACGGAGAGUUUGUCUGCCUCCGCACGGGACAAACGCAAGACUUGCCUCCUGUCCGCGGUGUUAUGCACGCGGCAGGGGUGCUCAAGGACUGCCCCAUACACAAACAAGACAGAGAGACCUUGGCAUCUGUAUUCCAGCCGAAAGCACAGGGAGGGUGGAACAUCCACUUCGCGCUCGAAGAGCUGGGUAUGAGUGAAGACAUUGCAGUGUUUCUAGGGUUUUCGUCGAUUGCGAGUCUUGUCGGGAAUCCGGGACAAGCCAACUAUGCAGCUGCGAACUCUAGUCUCGACGCGCUGAUUUCGUAUCGGCGCGGCAGAGGCCUUCCCGGACACAGCAUCCAGUGGGGGCCCUGGACGGAACAGGGAAUGGCAGCUGGUCUGAGAGACCGUCUAGAACGCGCCGGGUUCGUGGGAAUCUCAAACGAGGUCGGAGUCGAAACGGUUGGAGCCAUAGUGUCGCAAGGGAAGGCCGGCAACCCAGUCAUCGCCUGCCAGCAGUUCAACUGGGCGCGGUUCGCACUGCGUUACCGUGGGUGUUUGCCGGCUAUGUUCAAGGAACAAACGCAGUCCGUCACAGUUCGCGGAAGAGAGGAGAGAGUCAGCAAGCAGCUGUCAGGGCCGGGGGCUGCCGCAGAAGGUGUCUUCACCAGCAUGUCUGAUGAGGAGUUGAAGACAUUUAUUCAGACCACUGUCGCGGGUGCUGCCCGGCAGGUGCUCGGGCGAGGGGAGGAUCCACCGCCAGAUGUGCCAUUGCAAGAUCUGGGGAUUGACUCGCUGGGGGCAGUUGAGUUCCGCAAUACUCUUCAAGACUUACUGGGACUGAAACUAUCUGCAACCAUCCUAUUUGACCACCCCACACUGCGCGCCCUCACAACGUUUCUGAGCUCUCGUCUCGAGUCUGAAAGGUCACCCGAGUCGAGCAGCUCGUCACUUGCAAACGCCGUGCCGGCACCGUUGGCAGGCCACCAACGCGCCGACAUCGCCGUGGUUGGCAUGGCUUGCAGACUUCCUGGAUCCGUCAGCGACCCGGAGAGCUUCUGGAAAAUGCUGCUCACACUCCGCGACUGCAUUCAAGAAAUUCCUCCGUCACGGUUCAGCAUAGAUGACGUAUACGAUCCUGAUCCCGAUGCGAAGGGCAAAAUCUAUGUCCGGGAAGGAGGCUUCAUCGAUGGUGCAGAGCUGUUCGACAACCGAUACUUCGGCAUUUCUGACGCAGAGGCUCGGGAAAUGGACCCGCGUCAGAGGGUGUCGCUGGAGGUUUCGUAUGAAGCAUUUAUUGACGCUGGAUAUUCUCGGGAGGAGUUGUACGGGUCACCAGUUGGAGUGUUUGUUGGUGCCAUGAACCACGACAAGCUAUACGACGACUUGCGUCAACUCGGCAGUUACAGCGGCACGUCAAAUGCGCUGGCUAUCCUUUCGAAUCGUCUUUCGUAUACAUUCGGCCUUACGGGACCAAGCAUCGUGAUCGACACUGCAUGCUCUUCUUCCUUGGUGGCUUUGGAUCUUGCGAGGCUUGACCUGUGUUAUGGCAGCAGUGGGUUCAGGCUGGUACUUGGCGUCAACCUCAUGCCAACGGUGGAUCCAUAUAUCCAGUGUUGCAAGGCUCGAAUGCUGAGUUCUGAAUGCCGCUGCAAGACAUUCGAUGCUGACGCCAAUGGAUAUGUUCGAAGCGAAGGCUGUGCAGCAGUUUUGCUUCAGCAGAGAACAUCGCGAGCUUCAUCAAAGCACGCUCCAUACGCGCUCCUACGCGGCACAGCCAAUAACCACGUGGGCAGAAGCGCCAGCAUCACUGCCCCAAACGGACCCGCACAACAAGCCGUCAUCCGAGCCGCCCUCGACAGCGGACGCCACAUACCCCCAUGGUCCAUGGCGCUGCUAGAAACCCACGGGACCGGCACUGCUCUCGGAGACCCCAUAGAAGUCGGGGCACUCCAGGCGGUGUAUGGGCAAGGGACAAGCGCAGACGCUCCCCUCGUUCUCGGUGCCCUCAAGUCGCGCAUAGGCCACACCGAAGGGGCAGCAGGCAUCGCUGGGUUCAUCAAACUCAUCUGUUCGCUCAGACACAGGGUCGCUCCCCCGAAUCUGCACCUCAAGCAAUUCAACCCUCAUAUCGACAUUUCGACAACCGCCGCCGCCAGACCGUUCCUGUUUCCUACCAAACCGUACCGCCUGGACACCCUCAUGGGUGGACAGAAAGGCACCUCACUUUUUGGAGCAGUCAGCUCCUUCGGGUUCGGAGGCUCGAAUGCGCAUGCAAUUGUAGAGGUUCCGACACUGGAAGACGUACUCAGUGACGAAGCACAGCAUUCGGGGCUCGGCGGUGCGGAGAACGCACACGAGCCCCAGCCCAUGGUAUGGCUGUUCACAGGGCAGGGCUCUCAGUACGUGGACAUGGCCAAGUCACUGUACGAAACGGAGGAGGUGUUCAGGCGGACGGUGACGGAGUGCUCGGCAUACUUGGCUGCUGAGAAUUUGAUGCCGGAAGGAGGUCCGUCGAGCCUGGAGGAAGUCAUCUACCCGAAGGCUGGAAGCAGCGUAGCAGCCGAGGAGUUGUUGACGCUAACGCAGUACUCGCAAGUCGCGAUCUUUGUCGUCGAGUUGGCCAUCACCCGGGUGCUGACUGAGCGUGGACUUCGGCCAGCUGUCGUGCUGGGCCACAGCCUUGGAGAAUAUGCUGCUGCAGUAGCAGCAGGAGUCUUUGCGUGGAGGGAUGCUCUCCGCAUCGUGUCUGCUCGCGCCCGCAUCAUGUCCCAACAGCCUCCACAGGACGGCGUGAUGGCGGCUUGUCGGCUCUCGGCCGCACAGGUGCAGGCAGCAUUGACCUCGGAACUGAAGGCCUUGAGGUCUGUCGCUGUCGCCGCGGAUAACGGUCCGCAGAGCAUUGUCGUGUCUGGAUCCAGGUCGGAGGUGGAGGAGGUCCUCUCAUUCUUCAGUGUGUCAGGGAAGGCCCGCUUCCUCAAGGUCUCUCACGCGUUCCAUUCCCCUCUCAUGGCUGGCGCUGUGGAGGCUGUCCGUGAGCUGUUUGACGGGGUUGAGUUGUCGCGGCCAUCGAUUCCGUUUUCUUCGACUGUGCUUGGCCGCGUGGUAGUCGACGAUGAACUCGGGGAUUCCAGCUACUGGGCAGAGCAAGUCACUCAGCCUGUUCGGUUCCGAGAGGCGACGCUGGCCGCUUUCAGCUUGCUGCCGUCAUGUCUAAUCGGGAUCGAGGUUGGGCCGAAGCCGACGCUGGCACGUUUGGUGCCGUCAUGUCUGGGCGCUGAUAAAUCGGCUACCUGUACGUGGGUGUGUGUCUGCGACGAAUCGGUCACGUCUGGCUCUGGGUAUCCCGUCAAGGAUUUCGAGCAUCGGCUAGAAGCACUGCGCGUGUGUAAAGUCCAGUGGAAUCACCGAUCGUUCCCUCUCUCGAGGAUGACAAACGGAAGAACACAACAUCUAGAUGCGCGAUCGAACACAAACGCUCAAGUCUUGCAGCAACGACGCUCGCAUCUUUGGCGGGAAGAGUGGGUUUAUCAUUCCGGCAUCGUCGAAUACCACAAGGCCUCUGCUGUCGCCAAAGAAGCAUGGAUCAUAGCUGGAGUCCCGCCACAGCACGUGACCGGCAUGCUUCAGUAUCUUAAAAUGAUGAAGAUGGACACGUCGAGAGUUGUUGGCAUGGGAGCAAUCUCGACACUAGAAAGCCUUCGGGCACUAGUGCAAGGGGGGAAGUGGGCAGGUAUUCUGUCGGUUUCUGGAAUUUGGACGACGACGCCAGCUGUUGAUUGCCUGAUGGAGACAACUGACAUUCUUCGCCAUUAUGGGAAGCUUUCUCAAGAGCUCGACCUGCCUCCUUUAGCAGUAGUUACACGAGGAGCACAAUGCGCGAUAAUCUCGGAAGAAGAGUCGAGACGUGGCAAUCGAAACGCAUGUGACCGUGAGACACAGACCAUUUGUGCGGACCACCAUACGUACCGCGAUGCGCCGGUCCAUAGCGGUAUGAUGGCUUUCUGUAGGACGGCACGCCUGGAGCUCGAAAGGUGCUGUAACAAGUUUAGAUCUCUGUUAUAUUUUGAUCUAGACUGGAAUCGCUCACGCGAAACUGAAGAUCGGCAUGGCCUCCAUCUCGACUCUGUGCUGGGCUGGCUAAUGAGGACGGGCACUCCAAGCCCCCACACUGAGAUCAAUCCUACGAGUGCAGUUAGCCCGUAUGAAGGCGACAUCAUCAUACGAGGACAGUCGUAUUUCGUGCCGCGUGCCGCCGCGGUUCUACUGAAAAGCCCCUCUGUAGCAGGGGCAGGCAUGAUUGACAGCACUAAGUCCUACAUUGUCACUGGAGGGUUAGGCGGGAUUGGUGUCGCAGUGGCCUGCUGGCUUGUCCGCCGUGGCGCGGGCAAGGUCUACGUCUGGUCCAGAAGUGGGUCAGUAAAAGAAGAUGUGAAACAGAGCGAUUACUGGAGUGAGUUAAAUGCUGCGGUGGAGGGCGGGAAGAUCGAGACAGUGAGGUGCGACGUGUCGGUGGUCGACCAGGUCCGCGUGUCCUUCAGCACGGCUAUCACGGGCUCCCCACUCGGCGGGAUAUUCCACUGUGCAGGGACGGAGGGAAAAGACAAGCUGCAGGAUUUGUCCAAGCAAGAUAUUGUUGCUGUCUACGGUUCAAAGGUGGAAGGAGCUUGGAAUCUGCACCGUGUUUGCCAGGAGAUGUCCGUCGGCAGGCACCUCGAUUUCUUCGUGUUGUUCUCAUCGAUAGCGGCGCUGCCAGGCAAUGAUGCGUUUGCCGUGUACGCGGCGGCCAACUGUUGUCUUGACAAUCUCGCUGAAUACAGGAGGAGUCUGUCGCUACCAGCGCAAAGUAUCCAGUGGGGUCCGUGGUUAGACGUGGGUAUGGCGGCUCGAACUGCGUCACUCGAGCGUUUCAUGAGGACGAGGGGCAUACAAGGGUUUCACAGCGAAGAAGCAAUAUCUGUUCUGGAGGAUCUAUUGGCAGCACGAGGGAUCUUGGUGUCAACCGCAGCAGUACAGAUUGACUGGCGUCUGUACGCGCAUAUCUUUGGUAGCCGUGUGCCCGCGUGGCUACUCGGUGUGGUCCCUGAUCUGGUUGAGCCUUUACAAGGUACCUCUGCUGCCGUUACCGCUGCACCCAGUGUGAGUUCUUUGGGCCUCCAAAAAGUUGAGGCAGCCGUAAUUGAAGUAGCAAGGAGAAUGAGCGGAGCGAGCGAUGCGGUGACCGCCACUACGGAGAUCAGUUCGUUAGGACUCGACUCUCUCGGGGCUGUGGAGUUCAGAAACGCCUUGCAAGAGACUCUCAACGUUAAGUUGCCUGCUUCCCUCCUUGUCGAGUACCCAUCGCUCAAUAAUAUUAUUGAGUUCAUUCUAGAAAGCGCUACGGGAGACGGGAAUCUAGUAGAUGAUGCCAAUUUUGUGAUACCUAAACCCAGCAUGGUUGACGACGGAUUUGCUGUGGUUGGAAUGGGCUGCCGCAUUCCUAACAACGCUGUGACACCUGAAGCUUUUUGGGACAUGCUGCUCAAUGAAGUUGACGCCGUGCAUGAAAUUCCCAUGGAUAGGUUCAAUAUGGAUGCUUUCUACGAUCCUGACCCUGAACAAGAUAAAUGCUACACAAGAGACGCAGCGCUUCUGGACAGCCCCGACGUUUUCGAUAAUGCAUUUUUCAACCUCUCGGAGAAAGAAGUUCUUGCAAUCGAUCCUCAGCAGUGUAUGCUGCUGGAGGUAGCUUACGAAGCAUUUUUCGAGGCAGGGUUCACGAAAAGCGCGCUGAUGGGAAAAGACUUUGGAGUUUUCUGUGCGGCAUAUAAUAACGAUUUCCAGUUUACGAAUCUGACACAAGGAAAAGCAACAAUGUGUGUGCUAGACGAAGGUGAAGGACGAAGACGCAUACCAUCGCUUGGAGAAGCAGCAGGCUAUCCUGAACCUGGCGGGUUCAUGUGCUUCAUCCCCAACAGAAUAUCAUAUUCGUUCGGCCUCACAGGACCCAGCAUCGGAAUCGACGCCGCAUGCGCUUCCGCGCUGGUUGCGUUUGAUGCGGCAGUCACUAAACUGAAGCGGCGAGCAUGCUCAGGAGCUCUAAUUGGAGGCGUGAAUAUAAUUCUGAGCCCGACAUUCUUCUUAGGCGGCUGCAGGGCGCACCAGUUUUCGCGUGCAGGGAGGUGCAAGACAUUCGACUGCCAUGCUGAUGGCCUGGUGCGUGGAGAGGGCUGCGGCGCCGUCUGCGUACUUCCGCUGGCUGCUGCUAGAGACAGUGGCUCGUUUAUCCAUGCUGUCGUUAGGGGAUCUGCCUCUUGCCAUUAUGGCAGGAGCUCGCUCAUCACCUCACCUAACACACGGGCUCUGACUCGUGUUCUUAGACUUGCGUUGGAGGACGCGGGUGCUGAGGCGUCCUCCGUGCGAUAUUACGAGGCACAUGGAACGGCCACUGUUCUUGGAGACGUCAUCGAAAUGUCAGCUGUUCGGGACGUUUUCCAAACGAAUCGAACCGCCGCUGCGCCUCUGCACCUAGGUACCGUGCAUAACAACAUCGGCCAUCUCGAUGCAGCAGCUGGAAUCGUCGCAUUCAUCAAAACGGUCCUGUGUCUGCAGCACCGGUUUGUCCCAGCAAACAUUCACUUUACGUCCCUCCAUCCGGAUAUUCAGGGCAUCGAUCCUCAUCUCAUCAAGUACACGAGGGAAUCUCAAGAAAUAAUAACAGAGCCUCACAGCGAUGAUGCACCACGAACGCUCCUUGGAGCGAAUUUGGCGUACGGGAUGGGGGGCAGUGUGGCCGCCGUGAUAACGGAAGCUGGCGACGAUGUGACCGCAAGGCAACCAGGCAGUGCCCCGAGGCGCCCGAAGUGGAACCAUCGCCGGUUUCCCUUGAACACGCAGAAGUUCAUAUUUUUGAUGGGAGCGAUGGGACAGCUCUCCAUGGAUGACAUGCCAACCCCUCAGUCGGACGUGGUAAAUGUCAUGAAUCGUCUGUCGGAUACCAUUUUGAACGUUACCUUCAUGAGGCAACUCCGCUCGCCAAGGUGCGGAGCAGCGCGUAUGCGAUCCGUCUUUGUUACCGGUGCCACAGGUUUCAUUGGUAGUCAGCUGCUGUUCCACCUCCUUCAAGCAAGAUGCGGAGAUCUGGAGUUAGGAGAGGAAAGAGGUAAACUCCAGAUAUACUGCCUAGUUCGCGCGCGAGACAGGGCCCACGCCUUGUACAGAAUCAAAGACGCGUUUGUGGGUCGAGGAAUCGAGUGGGAUCCUGAUUAUAAUCGGCGGGUGAUACCUGUCGUUGGUGAUUUGGAAGAAAACGAGAAUAUGGGACUCGGCGUGAGGCAAUUGGAUUUCUUGACCCGGGUAAUCGAUGCCGUCUACCACGCCGCCGACAACGUGAACUUUGCUGCGCCGUACGAUGAACUCAGAAAAACGAAUGUGACAUCUCUUAUCGGCAUCUUGAAGCUAUGCACGACUUUUGUUGCGAAACCUCUUCACCUCAUUUCCAAUUUCUCGCACCACCUGCAGUACUUCGCAGCCUUCUCAAAUGACUUGAACAUUCCCGUUGAAGAGACGAUCUCUCCACCUUUAAAGCCUGAUAUGGUUAAGCGCCUGGAGCAGCAGAUGCCCGCAGGGAUUGUGGGAUAUCCCUGGACAAAGUGGGCCGUGGAGGAGAUUGUUGGCCGUAUGAAGGACGUUCUUCAGCACCGUUGCAAAGAAGAUUCUGUGGACAAGCCGGACACAGAUGCCAUUCUUUCGAAAUUCCAAGUCGUGGUAUACCGAUUGCCCAACUCUUGUGUCUACUACCGAAAUGGUUACACAAAUUUCGGCAACGCUUCUCUAGCGCUUGUGCUAGCCUGUGCUCAGGAAAGAAUGCUUCCGCCUGGUGUCCCACCUGUCGGAGCACCGUUCCUCACCACCCCCGUGGAUCUUACUACUGAGAUAGUCGUCAAGCUAUCUAUGACAAAGGAAAGGCAACACGACGUUUACCACCUGGUGUCACUUCGGGCAGCGCGGAGGGACAAUAUUCUGCAAGUGGCGAAGUGGCUUUUCUCCGACAUCUCGGAAUGCACGGUCGAUGAACUCCUUCGGCGUGUUGACGCAAAUAAAGAAAAUUCACCUGCACAUAAUCUAAGAGCAGCAAUGAGAUUUUGGCGAAGCUACUGGUACUGCCCUGACACGGACCGUGAAAACGCGUUCCCGAUAAUGACUGGUCACAUCGAGGACGAUAUUCCAGGAAUAACAACUGCUUUUCCCCACUUGGCCGACACUUGGAUAAGGAUGGCAGCAUACUGCGUGAAAAACUACCACAUGGUUCGUCACCCGUUCACCCUCGCCAUUCCAUUCGAUAUCCUCAAGAAGGCAAUACAGGAAAUGGAACGAAGGUGGGGGCACCUACCUUCCUUGCCGCGUCACACUGAAUUUCUACUCAAGGAGGCUUCUUCAACAGAGGACUGCUCGGAUAUCGCCGCGGCGAAGGCCCUUGCGGAACACAGCGGCUCAACCGCGCCCGAUUGUUGUGUAUCGUCUGAGGUUCCCGAUCCGCGCGCUCGUGCCUAG